UGAGGCGUCUACUUGAAGAGAUCUGAUGGCGCGUUUUUGGGACGACAAGAACGGCAUGGAUUCCGAUGAAGACUUACGGCAGGGUGCGGCUGAGUGAUUGCAGAUUGUUGAAGAUGGAGGUCGCCGUCUGCAUGAGGUCGUGGAUAUUCUGCUUUCGAGCCAGGGGGGUCAGCUAGGGACUGUAGGGGGGACGGUUUCGCUGGCGCCAUGGCUGGAGGACAAGAUGCAGGCCAUGCUUGAUAUUAUUUGGGAGUUGGAGGGGCCGGCCCCUCCACUCGAUGAGUUUGUGGACUGGCAUCGGGCUGGCCUGCUCAUGCAUGUAUGCUACGACAUCUUCAGGAUAGGGCAGGAGCGUUGUGCUACUUUGGAGAUAGGAUUGCAGGGCGGCUCCGACGGAUUGACGCCGACAUCGCCUGCGACAACAAUUGAGAAAAUCAGCGGCAACAACAGAUUCUACAACGACAACGAAUGCAACGACAACGAUAACAACGACAUCAUUGACAGAGGCAACAAUAGCCUCAACAUCAAUAACGACUGCAAUGAUUAUGAUGACAAAGACAUCAUCAACAGCCGCGGUGGUGGCGAUAACACAGACGAUGGUGCCAACAAAAACAACAAUGACAACAAUCAGUUCGAAGAUAACAAUUACAUCAAAGACAUCAACCACAGUUUUUUUGGGGCAACGAGCGAUAACUGUGGAGAUGAAAUCGAUAAGAAAGAGAUCAUAGACACUAAUGGUGCUAUUGGGAUUGCCGGCGUCACUUACAAUGAUAGCGCUGAUGAUAAUCACAGCUGCAAUAAUAGUCAUGGUUAUGGCGAUGAGGCCAAGGAGGAUAUGGAGAUUGAGCGUGGAAGCGGUGGGGCGUUCGGAGCUGCUGUUUGGCAAAGGAUGGGCGUGGGGUAGUUCGUUGCGUGAGGAGUUGCCCGGUCCGCAAUUCCACUCAGGGAUUGGUUAGGUUUUCUGUUGUCAUCUUUGGUC